CUGCGACCAACUCUUAGUCAUCAGUCGAGUGCUCUCCAUUGCUCCACUUGCAUCUUCUAGUUUUUCACAAUGAAUGUCUUGCAUUCUAGCAUCGUCUUCAGCCUGAUCCUAAGCGCCUUCGUAGCUGUUCAGGCCGGGAUUAUUGCCAGCCAUCCCGAUGAACUGAUUGCCAGUCCUGCCCAGUACGAGUUCCACUACUCGGUCCAUGAUAGCCACACUGGCGACGUUAAGGAUCAGUUCGAGCAUAGACGCGGGGAAUACGUAACGGGUCGAUAUUCCCUCAUAGAACCCGAUGGUCACCGUCGCAUUGUGGACUAUACCGCCGAUCCUCUGCUGGGUUUCAAUGCCCAAGUUCGUCGGGAACCCAUUUCUCGCUAUUGAGAUGGGUUCCUAGGGGAAGUGAUAAAGAACCUAACCUGCUGACCGGAUUUGAUAUGGCUAACUUAACUUAAGAAA